AAGCAACUGAAGAAGAUAACAACAAGUCUAUGUUUGCCCACAAGCGGCCAUUUUUGACGGCUUUGACAGGUCGUUGGAAUGCCUAAUUGUCUCAAUUUGUCUACUGAAUGCGAUACAGAAAACAAACUCACUAAUUUUCCUUCAAUUUCGGCUCAGUUCAAAGCAGCAUGGCCUUUGUGGUGAAAACCGCCCGCACUUUACGGAACAACUGGAAAAAAUCAACCUUUGCUGUCAUUGUCUUGACAUGGGGGGGCUCCUACACCAAACACUACUUUGACACCCGAAGCCUGAUGAAGGGCUAUUGCGAAAGGGCCGCCCAGUUGGGAAGUCGCCCGAUUGCUGUUAACCAGAACCCGCGAACUGUGACUGUAAUCCUGAACCCGAACGCGAAUAAACGCAAAGCACAGGCGGAGUUUGAGAAAUAUUGCGCCCCUCUGCUUCAUCUAGCAGGGAUCAGCUUGGAGGUGAUCAAAACAGAGUCAGAAGGUCAUGCCAAGCAGCUGAUUGAGUCUGUUGCUGAUGCAGAAGCUGUGGUGGUUGCUGGAGGCGACGGAACCUUGUCUGAGGUGGUCACUGGGCUUCUGAGGCGCACCAACGAGAACUGCGUAGUUCCCAUUGGAGUUCUGCCCCUGGGCAAGAACAACACAGUGGCCAGGCUGCUGUUUCCUGCGGAAACCAAACUGGAAAAAGUGAAGUCUUUGGCGGACGCCACCAUGGCAGUAAUCGAGGAAGUAACGAAGCCCGUGGACGUGAUGAGGAUCGAAAUACUCGACACUGAGGCACAUGAAAGUCGCAAGCCGAUCUACGCCGUUUCCGGGAUCAAAUGGGGCGCCUAUCGGGACGCCGAGGUGAAAAAGGACAGCUACUGGUACUUCGGGGGGCUGAAGAAGUACGCCACUUAUCUUCUGAACGGACUGAAAGGCAGCUUGUCCUGGGACUGCCAAGCUCAACUAGUGUACAGUCCGCCUUGCACGGGCUGCUCCAACUGCCGUCAAGUACAAACCAGCACCCAGCCCAAGUCCUGGUGGUUUCAAAGGUACAACUCCCUAAUCAAUCAACUGGGCAUUAGUUUUAUCAAGAAGGACGACAGCUUGAAGUACCAAAGAAUCCACAAUCCCCAAUGCACGCAGCAGAUGGAAAAGCAAGUGACCACCGCCGAUUUGACUCUGUUCACCUCCAAUGCAAUUAGGACUGACGGAGACCCCAAGUUGAAUCUCCGCAUCGGGCCGCAGAACGUUGACUACAUGGACUUUGUGAAACAAGGCUGGAAAUCCGAGCUGGGCGAGAGUAGAGAGGUCAAGGAGGCGAUUGAGGCCCGGACGAUAGAAAUCAACCCGAAGAAGGGCAGUGAAGAAGCGUGGUUUUCCAUCGACAAUGAAAAUUACGAGGUGAAACCGAUCAGGGUGACAUUGCUGCCGAAGGUGUUGAACAUGUUUUGUCAGGAGGCCGUUUAGGAGUGGUGACCGAUUGACUUUGUUUUCUACACGCGGUGCGAAAAUUUAAGCGAAUUAGCCACUGAA